GUUGAAUGGUGACGCAAGCGAGCGAGGGAGGGAGAGGAGAAGGAGGAGCAGCAGCAGCAGUAUUCCGGUUGCUCAGGAUAUGGACUUCGGGAGUCGUCAAGGUACCGAAGGUACAGCUAGUGCCGACGGUAUGUAAACGCAAGGGAGGGCGAUAAUUGAAAGAUUAGUCACAUUAUAUAUACCUCCACCCUCUGCCCUGUAUGAUCACCAUCGCCUCCAUCGCUGCUGCUGCUGCUGCUGCCAUUUUCCCGUCUUCACUGCCUACCAGCCUCGUCUCACCUGCUCGGUGUUUUCCCCCCAUUCCGUCAGGUGUUGUAGCAAAACUGCAGGGAGUUGGGCUUCAGAUUGAUGGUCAUGCGGAGUUAGUACAAUAUUUGAUACCCCCUGCCAGAAGCUCCGCUCCUGUUUCUCACCAAUCGAGUCGUUAUCUUCCCACCCCUCUCCUUAUCAACAACUACAGCGGCAUCCAUAACCCAUAUCAGCACCUUGUCACUUCCGCGGCAUUGCCAUUUUGCAGUGGUAGGAGAUACCAAGUUUAGAUUUUUGCAGGUAGGUUGUGUACUUGUGGACCUGUGGAGGGAGGGAGGAAGGGAGGGAGAGCUAUGGCCAUGGUGUGGACUCUCUUGGCGUUGAUGUUGGUGACGUCCUUUCGAGUGGAGGCCCGAAGUGACUUCAUGGCGGGGGGUUGGGGAUACGCCCACGCCACUUACUACGGCGGAGCUGAUGCGUCAGGGACUCAAGGUGGGGCUUGUGGAUUUGGGAAUCUCUACAGCACUGGCUACGGAACCAACACCGCGGCACUCAGUGCGGCCUUGUUUAACAGCGGCCUCAGCUGCGGUUCCUGCUACGAGCUCGCCUGCGAUCCCAAUGGCUCCAAGUACUGUCUUCCAGGUGGCCGAACUGUCACGGUGACGGCAACUAACUUCUGUCCUCAUGGUUCCUUGGGAGGAUGGUGCGAUUCCCCCAAGCAGCAUUUCGACCUCGCUCACCCCAUGUUCGUCACUCUUGCGAAGGAGGUCGGAGGCGUCAUACCUAUCAAGUUCAGAAGAGUUCCUUGCGUGAAGUCCGGCGGCAUGCAUUUCACCAUUAACGGCAAUCCUUGGUUCUUGCUGGUGCUCGUAACCAACGUUGCCGGUGCCGGAGACUUGCAACAGGUGUAUAUCAAGGGGUCUAACACUCCCUGGGAGCCAAUGUCCCGCAACUGGGGAUCAAUGUGGCAGUUCACUGGCAAUAGCAAGAUGAAGGGACAGGCUCUGUCGUUUAAGACCAUUACCAGCGACGGAGCUGUGGCCAUUUCUUACGACGCUGCCCCCAAUAACUGGCAGUUCGGCCAGACAUUUGAAGGCGUCAAUUUCUAACCAUGGCCCUCAACGAUCCAUGGUGACCAUAGUCUAGUUUAUUUUUACGUAGAUUAGUUUGUGAAUGGUGUUUUCAAGCUGUAGCAGAGGCGUUGUAUACCUCGCCCGCUGUCUGUCUGUCUGGUAUUAUUCUCAAUUAUCGUAGCUAGUAUAGCUAGCUUAGCUCCUCCACUUCAAUCUUUAUCUCGAGCAGUAGGUGCAGAUUAUUGAGUAGAACUAGCUUCGCUCUUUUUCGAGCUGCUGCUGCUCUUCACAGGUCCCUAUCGAUUUCUACUCUAAUCCUACUAUAGCCUUGAGUCUAUCGAGGAAGUAAUAUGGUUGCUGAGGUGUGCCAGUAACACCCGCUCCUACGUGUAUUUUAUACCACAUCGACAUAGUAGGCAUGCACUAGGUAAUAGGAUUUUGACGUUCUUGAGCACUAGUUAUGAAAUGUGAUGCACAAAGCAUAAUUUCAUGUUCCAGCACCAUUCAAAAAUUACUGUGCAGUGGUGAGAAGUGCUUCGAUGUUAUCCCCCUGCACCUGAUAAUAAUAAUAAAAAAGAAAAAGAAAGAGGCUUACUGUGCACAAGA